UGCAUAGCUGGUGAAAAUAAAGAACAAACUAAUAAGAGUUAAAUUUGAAUACAGUUUUAACAGCACAUGAAACAUCCGGAGUCAAUGUGCCGUCACUGACACGUGGUCCUGUGUUAAAACAACCGGGGGAUGAAAAUAGGUCAGAGCCGCUUCUCUCAAACACAAACAACAUCGCGUUUUGGUGACGUCAGGUCAUUGAUAAAUGAAGUUCUCUGAGUUCGCCUUUUAAAAUAUAUAUUCAUGAAAUACUGGUCGUAACGAAACGAGUCUGACACGUUUGGUUUUAAUUUGAUGCAACAAAGUUAUUGUGUAUGACGCCGUGUGGCCUUUCUGUUGUGUUCCGUGGAGAAGUGAAGGCUGCAGACUGGAUUGAACUACAAAUACCAGACGACCCAAGGCGUCAGUGCCUGUUUUGAUGGGAGAGGGGGGGACUUCUUUCAACAACACUGUUCUUCACCCGGUGAUGUGUUGGGACAUUAUCAGCUUCAUAUGUGACAGGAGCGAACCAGCGGCUGUGUCUUCUCUUCCGCUCCGGUGAUCGCAGGAAGGUGAACACGGUCGGUUCCUCGGUGAAGUGGCCUCCAGCUGCCCGGGGAAGGUAGAGCUUUGUCGGCUAGCUCACAUUAGCCAGCCCAUUACCAGUAGAUUUACGGCGGCUUAUGUCCGGCGGCUGCCCUGCCAGGUAGAUCAACUAAAGCCGGAGGGUCAGCCAACAUGGUUCAGCCACUUCACCAGAGUCCGAGCGUUGACGUGUCUGUCUCCUCCACAGUCCUGAGAGCCACCAGGUCCAGGAUGGCGCAACACGACUCCUCUCAUGUAGCCAGUUCUCAGAAAGCGCUCAUGUUGGAGAUGAAGAGUCUUCAGGAGGAGCCCGUCGAGGGCUUCAAAAUAACACUGGUGGACGAGGCGGAUCUGUACAACUGGGAAGUGGCCAUUUUCGGACCCCCAAACACUCAUUAUGAGGGGGGCUAUUUCAAGGCUCGAAUCAAGUUCCCUAUGGACUACCCGUACUCCCCACCCGCCUUCCGAUUCCUCACCAAGAUGUGGCACCCCAAUAUCUAUGAGAAUGGAGAUGUGUGUAUUUCUAUAUUGCACCCUCCAGUGGACGACCCGCAGAGUGGAGAGCUGCCUUCAGAGAGAUGGAAUCCCACCCAGAAUGUCCGGACCAUUUUACUGAGCGUGAUCUCGCUGCUGAAUGAACCCAACACCUUCUCUCCUGCUAACGUGGACGCUUCUGUCAUGUACCGUAAAUGGAGGGACAGCAAGGGCAAGGACCGUGAAUACGUAGAAAUCAUCAGGAAACAGGUUUUGGCCACUAAAGCAGAAGCAGAGCGUGAUGGCGUGAAAGUCCCAACCACGCUAGCAGAGUACUGUGUCCGCACACGCGUCCCUGCCCCUGAUGAAGGCUCCGACCUCUUCUAUGACUAUUACUAUGACGACGACGAUGUGGAGGACGGGGACGGUGACUGUUGCUAUGAUGAGGACGACUCAGGCAACGAGGAGUCAUGACAUGCUUUUUGACAGCACCGCAAUCUAGCUGACAAAGCUACCCCCUUUUUUUCUGCCCGGGUUGCCAGAUAUUCGAGGUCUACAACCAAGAAAGAUUUGAAGCUUCCCACUUCUAAACCAAUGAAAUGAGCUGUUUUUACCUUAACCUCUCGGGAGGAUAGAAUCGAUGCGUCGUUGUGGAAGGGUCAGACCUGGUAAAGAUUUCCACCAGCAUAAAAGUCACCAAUUUCGCCAGUUUCGCAGAUUUCUUCACCACAUCAAACCUUAUUUUGAGAAAAUAACUUAAACUAUCGCUUUAUCCCAUUGAGUUGUCCAGUCCACUGUACAGUUUACGAUGUUGGAUCCACAUUAGCAACAUUUGCCACACUUCCAAACUUUUCUCAGCCUCUCUCCUGCAUAUCUUUAUUUCCUUAAUUGUAAUUGGAUAGCGCUGCCCAGCAGUUGGUCUAUGUGACCAACGAAUGAAGAGGAGCCUGACUGUGUGGAGCAGUUUACUGCAAACACAUUGAAUCAGACAUUUCCGAGUUUCACAGUCUCCUCGCUUCAACACAGAGGAUAUGAAUUGACACAGGCCUGUGUUUUCAAAGUUCCUGUGCAUGCCUGAACAUCGUUGGAAGCGUUUUUGACUGAAGGACGAUUCACCUACAUCGUGAUCUGUUCUCAGCUUGCUGUUGACAAGCACGUGUAAUAAUGGAGGACGGCGUCUGUGUGACCGGCUGGCGAACUCAGUCGGUGGCUCAAAGUCCUCAUGAACAUUUUUUGCUAACGUUGAUCUUUGCCGUGUUUCUUCUGGUUACUGUUGGAUGUGUUUCUCUGUCAUUUUGAGUGGGGGUUCUGUUAUUUGAAGUAGCUGAUAUAAGAGUUGUGUAGGAUUACCAUGUUUUUCAGGGUGGGGGGUGGUGGUUGUGGUGUUGGGCAGAAAUAAUUAUUGAUCCGAGCAGUAUUUCUCCUUAGGUUUGUGGCCUGAAAGAGCCAACAACCCGAAACCAGUUUAAAAGAAAGCCCAAUAUAUUUCAUGACUGUUUGUUGUAUUCUUGUCUUCUUUUUGUUCUCUUGCAAGCUUUGUUAUUUUACUCUCUUUCUUUGGGUAGACAUUAUGUCUGCAGUCUCUGCUUGAGAAUGUUUCUUUUUUGUGAUCAGAUUAUUAGCAAAAAAAAAAAAAGCUUCUGUAGGAAAAGUGUCUUUCACAAGGUGUUGUUGCUGUUUCAGUCAAGAUUAUCACACUUUUUUGGCCCUGGACACGAGGAAGAGGAAGGACAUCAUGACUUAUUUCUAUUUCAGUUCUUUGUGUUGGCUGACAGUAGACAGGUUUUGGUAUAGUACGUUCUAAAGCGUAUGGGUCUUCUCUUUGCCUGAUUUUGCAUUAGCGAUCUUGAUUGUUUGCUUAAAUCGGGACUUCAAACUGAAUUUCUCAGGAUAAUGAAUUACAUUAUGACGAAUUCAAUUCAAACGAGCGAAUAUCUGUUCUUUUUAGGUUUUAUUCAGGGUUUACAGCUUCAACCGGACCCAUAACUGAUAUGCACAUGUAGCUGUAUGGAUGAUCACCAUGUUGUUUUACUCACUUGCGUUAAUUUUUUAUUUCCUGCUAUUAAAAACUGAAAAAUAAAAAUGUAUUGGAAAGCGA